CCGAUUGGGGAGUAUGAAGUGUUUUUGAGUUUCACAGGUCCUGACACUCGGUCACCAGAUCACCGAUGUCCUAUACCAUUUUCUGGCCCCCACCUGAAAAUACGUACCUUCAAGGACGAUGAUGAGCUCCGGAAGGGGGAAGGGAUAUGGCCGAGGCUAGUCAAUGCUAUCGAGCAAUCGAAGAUUUAUGUUCCAGUUUUGUCAGAGAACUAUGCUCCUUGUUGA